AUGGUGGACGCGGCAAAGGCAGAGAAGUUUCUGGACGCCAACCCGGACUUUGCCAAACAGUACUACGACCAAAACUUCCGACCCAAGGUCAUCUCCAACCUGCUGGACGGCGGUCGCCGCGUGGCGGUCGACCAGAAGCAGUACCACGCGCUCAGCACGGUGGAGGAGAGCGAGAUCAUGUUCGACCUGAUGCGCGACAUCCAGGACAACAUCCAGAUGGAGAAGUCUGUGUUCAACCUGAUGAAACACCUGUGCUUCAUGAUGAGGGCCGACCGCAUGAGUCUCUUCAUGUACCGCCAGCGGAACGGAGUCGCUGAGCUCGCCACGAGGUUGUUCAAUGUGGGCAAGGACUCCACCCUGGAGGAGUGUCUGGUGCAGCCCGACAGCGAGAUCGUCUACCCCCUGGACAUCGGCAUCGUGGGCCAUGUCGCCACCACCAAGAAGAUGACCAACAUCCCAGACGUUACCCAGAAUCCCCACUACAGUGAGUUUGUGGACACACUGACAGAGUACCAGACACGCAACCUGCUGGCCAUCCCAAUCAUGAACGGUAAAGACAUGGUGGCGGUCAUGAUGGCUGUCAAUAAGGUGGACGGCCCGCACUUCGACGCCAAGGACGAAGAGACCUUGAACAAGUACCUGAACUUUGCUAACCUGGUCCUCAGAGUGUUUCAUCUCAGCUACCUGCACAACUGUGAGACCAGGAGAGGCCAGGUGUUGCUGUGGUCCGCCAGCAAGGUGUUUGAGGAGCUGACUGACAUCGAGAGACAGUUCCACAAAGCCCUCUACACGGUCCGCGCUUUCCUCAACUGUGAUCGCUACUCUGUAGGACUACUGGACAUGACCAAGACCAAGGAGUUCUUUGACCUGUGGCCGGUCUUGAUGGGCGAGGUUCCACCGUACGAUGGACCCAAGACACCAGAUGGCAGGGAAAUUAUCUUCUACAAAGUCAUUGACUACAUCCUCCACGGGAAAGAAGACAUCAAAGUCAUUCCGACCCCCACACCAGACCACUGGGCCCUGAUCAGUGGCCUGCCCACCUACGUAGCAGAGAACGGACUGAUCUGUAACAUCAUGAAUGCGGGUCAAGAUGAUUUCUUCCAGUUCCAGAAAGAGCCCCUGGACGACUCCGGUUGGACCAUUAAGAACGUCCUGUCUCUGCCAAUCGUCAACAAGAAGGAGGAGAUAGUGGGCGUGGCCACGUUCUACAACAGGAAGGACGGAAAACCGUUUGAUGAACAGGAUGAAACGCUCAUGGAGUCUCUGACCCAGUUCCUUGGCUGGUCGGUUCUGAACACCGACACGUAUGACAAGAUGAACAAGCUGGAGAACCGUAAGGACAUCUUCGCGGACAUGGUCAUGUACCACAUCAAGUGCCGCAAGGACGAGAUCCAGAGAGUACUGAACACCAGGGAGAGGUGGGGGAAGGAACCAGAUGAAUGUGAAGAAGAAGAGCUACAAGAAAUUUUGACUGAAAUUCUUCCCAACACCAAGAAGUCUGAGAUCCUGGAGUUCCAUUUCUGUGACUUUGAGCACAGUGAGCUGGAUUUGGUCAAGUGUGGCAUCAAGAUGUACUACGAACUCAAAGUGGUGGAUAAGUUCCACGUCCCCCGAGAGGUGCUGGUGCGCUUCAUGUACUCCCUCAGUAAGGGUUACCGGAGUAUCACCUACCACAACUGGAGACACGGCUUCAACGUGGGACAGACCAUGUUUACCCUGCUGAUGACAGGAGACCUGAAGCGUUACUACACAGACCUUGAGUGCAUGGCGAUGGUGACUGCUGGCUUCUGCCACGACAUUGACCACCGCGGAACAAACAACCUCUACCAGAUGAAGUCUGGCAACCCCCUCGCUAAGCUUCAUGGAACUUCCAUCUUGGAGAGACACCAUCUGGACACUGGCAAGACCCUGCUGCGAGAUGAAACUCUGAACAUCUACCAGAAUCUGAACCGUCGUCAGCACGACCUGGUCAUCCACCUGAUGGACAUUGCCAUCAUCGCCACUGACCUGGCGCUCUACUUCAAGAAGAGGACUAUGUUCCAGAAGAUCGUGGAUCAGUCCAAGACCUACGAGAGCUGGAACGACUGGACCAAGUACAUGAUGCUGGAGACCACACGCAAGGAGAUUGUCAUGGCGAUGAUGAUGACAGCGUGUGACUUGUCUGCCAUCGCUAAACCCUGGGAGAUCCAGAGCAAGGUGGCGCUGGCCGUGGCUGCAGAGUUCUGGGAGCAGGGAGAUCUGGAGAGAACCGUUCUGGAACAGAAUCCUAUUCCCAUGAUGGACAGGACCAAGUCUGCAGAUCUUCCUAAAAUGCAGUGUGGUUUCAUCGACUUUGUCUGUGCAUUCGUCUACAAGGAGUUCAGCCGCUUCCACGUUGAGAUCACUCCCAUGCUGGAGCGCCUGCUGAACAACAGGAAGGAGUGGAACGCCCUGAAGGAGGUGCACGAGGCCAAGCUGGCCGUCAUAGAGGAGGCCAACAAGGCCAAGGAGGAGGCGGCCCAGAAAGGUUCUGCCGCCAAGCAAGCCGGUGCUGCCGAGGGUUCACAAUCCAAGACGUGCAUUCUGAGCUAGAGAGAGAGGGAGAGAUUCCUGACCUAGUCCUCCAGCCUGCGAUCCACCCUGCUAAACACCUGCUAACAAGACCAUCCCCCCCUCAUCCAUCUCCCUCUCUCAAUAUGAAGUUAGACACAUCUAUCCUUUCAUCACGUGUUCUGCUAACUUAACUUUGUGGCAGCGUCCUCAGAACUCAUUAGCCGGACUGCAGAAAGCCAUCAAUUCCACUCCACGUCUUGAUCCUGUUCAACUUUACAUUUCCCAGCCGUGGUUGGAGACAAAGUACUUGAUGGGCUCUGGAAUAGAAUCUCUAUCACGCUUCAAAGGCAACAUGAAAUGGAAUUGAGACAAUCUUGCUCUUUGUAAGUAGUUGCAUGGAAAUACACUUUAGCCCAAAGAGCCUUCACCUGAGACUCAAACCACCUAAAGACUAGAUUAUGUAGGCCUAUAUAGGGGGACUAGAAAUGUUGGAGGGGUGAGAUCAUUCAGGUUUAAAUUGGCAGGUGUGGGAGAACCUAGGGCUUAGUCUCACUCUAGAGCUGGCCCCAUCAGUGUUGCGAUUGGUUGAAAUGUUCCAUUCCAGUCGACUACUUUAGCUAACUUUGUUGGUGAUGGAGUAUGAGUAGAUGAUCAAGGGCAAGUCGUUUUCCAUUUCAUGUCAUCUUUAAAGUCUCCCUUCACCCUGCAUAUAAAUAACAAUAAACAUUAGGUCUAUAAAUAACGAUAGAUAUCUAUGAAUAACUUCUACAUAUGUCUACACCGCUAGAAAUAUAUCCUUGAUCAGAAGGAGACACAGAUUAUGAACAUGCAACACUGCAGGAAGUAAGUCUGUUUGAUCGCUGUGAUUUUUAAUCCCUAACUCCAAAACACCCGUUAGAAAUCUGCAGGGUUUGGCUUGUUGAAAAAACACUGUCGCUUUCCAGAUGCAACAAAUCGGAGCGACUACGCCUGAAUAACUAAACACAAAUUGAAUAAAUUGAGCGCAAAGUUUCUCGUUCACAGUUGAGCGAGUCGCAGAAUUCAACACAGUCUCGGGUGUUUCCAAGCCCUAUAACUGUCACAGCUAAUAUGCGCUCUCGAUGAAGGACUACGGUAAUAUUAUGAGUUAGGAUGCUGGAGUAAUAUGUAUGAUGCACAGGCUGUCUCUGUAUUAUUCUGGUGCAUCGCUUAAUGCUCUGGUUGUUACUAGGGAAUAAGUCAACGCAGAAUCAAUUAAUGAAAUACUAUUUGUUUUUCCUUUUUAGUGUUUUUGGUGUAACCACAUAGAUUUCACUUGUGUGAGCAAUAGGUCAGACCAGAAAGCUAAAUUAUACAGACAGAGUGUGAAUUCAUUAUGUUUAAUUGUUGUUUUACUUAUUUUGUGGCAUUUAGAUCUUACAGUAAACUGUCGUGAAGGCUUUUUAGAAAACACUGUUACAUUGCAUGUCAACAUACAAUGUGUUGCACUUUAUCAGGUCCUGAUAUGAGUUUGCGCCCAAAUGUACAAAGUAGUGACAAAUUAGUUUGUUUCUCCGUACGUUGCGUCAGCCGGGUGUCAUGUUGAGCCAUUGCAAUAGCAACAUGGGAGUGUCCACUCAGAUCUGAUAUUGACAGAUCAACUCCAAGCUUAGCAGUUGUUACAAUCCACCAGUAAAUUCCUUCCAGCUGGUCAGAAACUCCCACCAUGUGAUUUCAUAAAGGGAUGGAUUUCGGCUCGUCGACAUGCCUACUGAUGUUCACAUCGCGGGGGGGGCCUCUAACAUGUGGAUGGAGGAGCAUUUCUAGUGAAUAAACGAUAACACCUGUACCACCUCUAGUCUGCUGACAUCUUCUUAAAGAACCCCACUCAGCCGAUAAUAAAGGAGUA